AUGGCGAGUUGGUUAAUGCAAGACAAGAAAUACGAGCUCGCGAUUCGAGCUCUUCUUAGGCUCGAACCGAAUCGGAGAUGCAUUAACUGCAACAGUUUGGGACCACAAUAUGUGUGCACAAAUUUCUGGACGUUUGUUUGUGCUAAUUGUAGUGGAAUACACCGUGAAUUUACACAUCGUGUGAAAUCAGUUUCAAUGGCUAAAUUUACUUCGCAAGAAGUUACCGCACUUCAAGAAGGAGGAAAUCAGCGUGCAAGAAAGGUUUAUUUUAAAGAAUGGGAUGCACAACAUCAUUCUUUCCCUGACAGUGAUAAUGUUAACAGGCUCCGAGACUUUAUUAAGCAUGUUUAUGUGGAUAGGAGAUUCACCGGAGAUAGCACCUCUGACAAACCACCAAGAGUGAAAAACGGUGGUGACAAAGAUGGGUCAUAUGAAAACAGGAGAGUUGAGGCAUAUCAGGGAGGAUCUAAAAGCCCUCCACGUGUAGACUCACAUGAACGCCGUCUUAGUGACAGGUCUAGUCCAGGUGGAAGAAGUCCUGGAUAUAAUCAAGAAAGUAGGCAAGUUGGUGAUUAUAAGAGAAGUCCCGGUCGUCCUCCAGUUAUCAAUGAUUGGCGUCGUGAAGAUCGUAGAAUAUCAGAUGGAGAUUAUAAGACGGAAAGGCAAUCCCCUGUGCAAGCCAGAAAUCUGGGCUCUUCUAGCCCAUCUGUGGGACGAUCUGUUAGAGAAAUUUUGGGAGAAAAUGUAGUACCUCUCAGGAUAAGUGGACCUCCCGAACCGAACAAUGGAAAAGCUGCCGAUGCUUCAGCAUUGACACAGAGAACUGCAUCCUCUGGUAGCUUGGUACCCAGUAAUGAAAGUCAAGUAAAUAUUAAGCUUGCGACCACUAAGAGCCUUAUUGAUCUUGAUGCUGAUCCUGAACCUAUUGCUCCCACAAUUCCUCAAGUCCAACAAACUAGUGUGCCACAACAUGUGUUGCAACCAGGAAAUUCCAGUGAUGACAAUUGGGUCUCUUUUGAUGUUGCUUCUGAGGCGAAAGCAAAUCAAAGCACCUCAAAUUUAAAUCCACUGGAAUCCAUACUGUCCCAAUCGUCUUAUUCGGCAUCUUUAUCUUCUCAUGCUUCGGGAGUCCAAGGACCUGUUCCAGCAGGGGCUCUUAGUUUUGGUGGUUUAUCAUCUUUCCCAUCCAAUGGUACUUCGAUGCUAUCUUCCGGACAGGCAGUUGUAUUACCUCAAAAUAAUGUAGGACAGUGGGCUAGUUCGCAGCAUCAGAAACCAAUGUUCUCUGCUGUAAAUAGUCAGCCAUCGCAUGUACCUUCUGUAACCACAGGACAGGGGUAUCCAAAUACACCAAUGCCACAUGCAUACCAUCAUGCUUCGAAGCCAGCCAAUGAGGCUUUUAAUAGUAUUCUUUCUCAACCUUCUGCUGUAGAAGCAAAACCAAGUGGAAGAACAGAACCUCCUGAAGAUCUGUUCACUACAAAACUCUCUUCCUUCUCUGCUCCAGUUCAAGGUUGGCAGGCAGGGCUUCCCCAGGGCACGGGCAACUCAAUGCAAUAUAAUAAUAAUGUGGUGCCAAUACCAAGUUUUUCGGAGCCAUCAAGGUCAACAAAUCCAUUUGAUGUCAGCAGCAAACAAACCCCAGAUCAAGACCAAAGUUUUCCUUCCAUUUCAUUCUUGGAUGGUGCAAUGUCUUGUGUAUCGCCACCAUUCCCGAUGCACCCUCCAUGCCAGAGCAAUCUAUUGCAUGGAUGGAAUCCACCCCUUCCUAAUAUAGGCACUAUGCACUCUUCAAGCCUGGGUUUGCAACCACAUGCAUGGAAUCCUCCACCCCUGCCUGAAAUACCAUCUUCAGGCACUUUGCACCCUUCAAGCCUGGGUUUGCAACCACAUGCAUGGAAUCCACCCCUGCCUGAAAUACCAUCUUCAGGCACUUUGCACCCUUCAAGCCUGGGCAAUCCAUCCCAUGCCUGGAAUCCAUUCCUACCUCCACAAGCACCAAUUCAUGCAUCAGCAUUGGGACUAGGGUCUAACAAUGGGCAGCAAAUGCCAAAUAACACGCCAAUGCCAAGGCAAGAAGCUGGGAAUUAUGGAGCUGAGCUAGACAUUUUCGGCUUGUCGAAUCCAGAUCAGCAGCUGACUGGUAAGCCGUCAACCACUCCCACCUCUCACCCCUUCCCUAAAGGAGGGAACCCAUUCGGAUAA